GGUUCCUGGUGGACGCUGGGGGCAGCGGCGACCUGGGGGUGUUGUUCGCGGGCCACGCCGCCCGCGCUUUCAUGUUAAUUGCGAAUCGGCUUUGCGGCCAGAUGGCGGGGAAGCGCCGGGACCCUUUGUGCGCCCUGAGCGCGCCUGUGAAUGUCGCGCAGUCCUUGGCACCGGAAGGGUUCACACUGCGUGUGAAAGGGGACAAAGGGGGCUGGAUAUAUCAACACUGCAGAAACCGAGUUCAUUUGUCAUGCAGCCCCUUUCAGCGCGGUUGUCAUGCAAACUUCCUUCUUUGAUCAGCAGAGGGUGGAGAGCGAGAAAGCGCGCAAAGCCGCGGGCCCGGCCGGGCGCCCUUGGCGGCUCCGCCCCUUCCGGAAGGAGCCGCGGGGACCAGGCCUCCUGCACCUUGACCCGUCUAGACGCCGCACGAGGUUUUGUCUUGGUUUCCAAGGACGCGGGGUGCUCUUUGACCCGCGCCCGGGGCGGAGGUGGUGGCACGGAGCCCGGCGCGCCCUGGCAGGUCCCGGAGGGAGAGGGGCUCCCGGGACGCGCGCCAGCUGUUCCCAGACAAACCGAGGCCUGUGAGGGGCGCCCCGGGUUCCCCUGGCCCAGUCCGAGGCGUUCCUCGUCGACCUUUUGGAUAAAGUUUGUAUGCGAAUGAACGAUUACCAGCUGGAGGACGACCCAGUGACCAAGCAGAAGUAUUUCAGGAGAUACGCUCCGAGAAAGGGAGACAAAAUAUACAAAGAAUAUAAAAAGUUCUUCUUUUAUUCUGAUGCCUUCAAACCUUUGAAAUUCGCGUGCGAAGCCAUCAUUGAGAAGUAUGAGGAUGAGAUAUUCGCACUUAUCGCCCAGGAGGCACACCAUCUAGCUGACAUGCUGUGCAGUGAAAAAUCAGAUCUGUGUGGCACUCCAGUCAGUCGUCCCGAACCCUAGGAGUGAGGAGUGGAGUCACAGCCCCAAAGGUCACUGUGCGCCUCACAUCUUGCGACUGCCAUGAUAAGGAAUUUCAUCUCGUGUCUGUUGUACUUGUCUCAUGCGUGAUAUUGGUUUGAAAAUCUCUGACUUGGCAUCAUGACAAACUCCAACUCUUCUCUUAGGUGAAAAAAAGUUUAUAAAACUGAGCACCCCUUUGCAUAUUUGGACGGAAGCUGGGUUGGCAAUAGAGCAUUAAAUUUAGCCGUGGGGAAAAA